AUGGAAUCUGUGUUAAGAAACGACAUUGUAGAGGGAAAUAAAACAAUCCUACAUCUGUCAAGAUUUCUAUGCAUGCCAUAUAAAACCAGGCUUGUGUCCCAGAUAAUAUUCCAGCAGGCAUAUCCCAAGCUUUUUAAGAAGGAGAGCUAUAAUAUAGUUGCUCUUGUCAGUGUUUACUUGGCAUCCAAGAUCAAUGAGACACUGAUAAAGCUGGAUACAAUUCUUGAAGCAAUGGCAAAGGUCACACAUAUGGGCUCUGUCCCUCCUAGAGAGCGGAUUAUAGCCAUCGAAUGUAAGGUAAUAGAGCUAAUUGAGUUCCAAUUCAACAUCAAUCCCGUACAGUUCUUUCUUCUAAGGAUUGGGAAGACAUUGAAUGUAGACGUUCUAAAGAAGCUUGCUGUUCUGGACGAGGUCCAUGGAGAUGGGAGGGUGAAUCUCAUCAAAUACUUCAAUGGAGUGUAUGGGCCCGAGAUGGUCGCAUUGAGUGUUCUGGAUGACGGAGAGCUUAAGCUCUUUGAAUGUUUUUUUGGGGUAAGUGUAAGCAGGGCAUUGGUUGAGGAAAUAAAGUCGGUGAUACUAAAGAAAUAA